AUGGAGCACUACAUCAUCGACCCCAUCCGUGACCUGCCGUCGGGGGCCGGCGACAGCGAGGAGGACUUGCUGCUGUCGAAGUCCGCCGACCUGCAGAAGGCGGAGGAACCCUCUCUCUUGGGGCGAGUGGGAAGCGUCCUCGGAUUCACAGAGCCUCCGCGACAAGGGGGGCCUGCUCCACGGGGAUACCUUCACCGGAAGAUUUCUCGUUUGAAGGGCCGCGAGGCACGGGGGAAUUUGUUGGACGGCGGGCUGACGCCGAGAAGCGAUGCGGCUGAAUCCAAGGUCACCCCCCCACUCCAGCGAAGCACCACGCUUAUGCAGCAUGUGGCCGCUAGGAGUCGGGCAUUUGUCGUUUACGCCAUCUCGAAGCAGGGCCUCGAGGAGUCAGUGAUGCAAACUUACGAUCUGCUGACAAGAAUUCACAUGCACAACAAAAAACACGAACUGGAACAGACGGCCGCAGGCGCCGUGAAGGUCCGGGAUAUUCGUUUGUUCCUUUCUGCAUCUAGAGACGGUUCCUCCAUUCUGACGCGGAGGAACUGCCUGCUGGUGUCUCUGCCAUACGUGCGAAUGGUCAUCUUGCACGGACUCGUCUUCAUGCUGCCGAUCGGGAAAGGGAACUUUCGCCGCGAGGCACGCAAGUUUGAACAGACAGAGUGGCGCUGCAAACUCUUACGACAGGGCAUGCUCUGCAGAGAAGAGGACAAUGAAGUUAUGGCUCCAAACUCCGAGGGAGCGUCCAGCGUGAUGGUGGGAGCCAGCUCCCCCUCCGCGUUGGACGACUUGCCUCGACGUUCCUCCUCGUCCAUAUUCAUUUCUGCUGGGGGGGGGGACGAAACUCAGGUCUCGGAGGUGCCUCCCCUGACAGAAAUCGACUCCACUCUUCUGGAGAAACUGACUCAGCUUGUGGCCCUGGAGUCCUCCACGCCUUUCGAGUACCUGGCGCUCGAAACCGCCAUCGUGGAGUCGGACGACGUGUUGUCACGCCAAGUUCGGGAAAUGCGCCAGACAGCAGCGUCAAUAUGCGUGGACCUUCGUACCGGACGAGGAGUCAACUCCUCGAUUCUUUUGAGUAUCAACAGUCUGCGGAAAAUGCUGGAUGGCCUCAAAUCCGAGGCGGCAGGCGUUCUAACCGCCCUCAAUGAGGUGUUGAGCGACGACAACACGCUUCGUCGCGUUGCCAUAUCGCGGUUUUGGGAUACCCCCGAACUGUGGGAGGAGGAGAGCCCCGAAGUGCUCCGACGCAGCGGGCAGUGGGCGAUAAAGCACGAAGUCGAGAUGCUUCUUGGCUGUUACUCUCAAGAGGCGGACUCGAUGCUCAAGAGUGUGAAGAGCAUCGACGAGUACAUUGACGACUCGCUCGCUAUGAUAGAGCUCCACUUGGGGAUGCAGAGAAACUUCUUGCUGAAAACAGAUGUGUGGAUGACGGCACUCGCAACUAUCACUGGAUUUUUUUCCCUAGUCCCUGGCAUAUUCGGGAUGAAUAUUCACCACGGCUUCGAGAACGUGUCGUCAAGUCAAUCUAUUUUCUGGUCUAUCACGGCGGCGAUCUUCAUGGGGACCAUCAUCACGGGAAUCGUUGUCAGCUGCAUGCUAAGAAGGCUCAGGAUCUAG